AAGGUAACCAAAUAUGUGAACAUAGUAUAUAAUAAAAUAAAAUCCAUCCUGAUGUGAUGGGGGCUCUGUUUUUCUCCUACAUGGUAAAUAGGAAUAGAAAAGUAGGAAUAGAAACAGAGUUUCAUUUUGAUUGACACUGUUCCAUGCAAUCACCAGAGCCUCUGCUAUGUAUUGUCGGCCAAACAUCAGCAGCAGCCAAAGUCAUCCUGAGAAUUUUGCAAGGAUGUAACAGCCUUCAAAGGCUUCACAAAAUCCAUGCCCAUGUCAUCACCACCGGCCUCCAACACCACCCUGCCAUUUCCUCCAAGCUCCUCCACUUCUGUGCCAUCUCUGUUUCUGGAUGUUUGUCCUAUGCUCAGCUUCUCUUCCAUCGUCUCCAGAACCCACUAACCCAGGACUGGAAUUCCAUCAUCAGAGGCUUUUCUGACAGCCCUUCUCCACUUUCGGCCAUAUUUUACUACAAUGCUAUGGUUUCGGCUGCUUCCGACUCCCGUCCUGAUACCUUCACUUUCUCAUUCGUGCUUAAGGCUUGCGAGAGAGUUAAGGCUCAGAGCAAAUGCAAAGAGGUUCAUGGUUUCGUAAUCCGAUGUGGGUACAAGAGGGAUGUUGUAGUUUGUACCAAUCUGAUCAGGUCGUACGCCGGAAACGGAUUGAUUUGGGAUGCACGGAAGGUCUUUGAUGGAAUGCUUGAAAGGGACUUGGUUUCUUGGAAUUCAAUGAUUUCGUGCUACUCUCAAGCGGGUUUCCACCAUGAGGCUUUGAAGAUAUAUAAUAUGAUGAAAAAUGAGAAUGUGGGUCUUGAUGGGUUCACGCUCGUUAGCUUGCUUUCCUCUUGUGCCCAUUUGGGUGCGCUGAAUAUAGGAGUUCAAAUGCAUAAAAUAGCUCGAGAAAAGGGGUUUGUGGAGAGUGUUUUUGUUGGAAACGCUCUUAUAGAUAUGUAUGCGAAAUGUGGCAACUUGGAUGCAGCUCUUAUUGUCUUUGAUAGAAUGCAGAAGCGGGAUGUUUUGACGUGGAACUCCAUGAUUGUUGGGUAUGGAGUACAUGGCCGUGGAGAUGAAGCAAUCUAUUUCUUUAGACAGAUGAUAAAUGCUGGGGUCCAGCCAAACUCUAUUACAUUUAUUGGUCUGUUAUGUGGAUGCAGUCACCAAGGCUUAGUUGAGGAGGGUGUCAAGUAUUUCUACAAUAUGAGCUCCAAGUUCAACAUCAAGCCCGGAAUUAAGCAUUAUGGUUGCCUGGUUGAUCUGUUCGGGCGGGCCGGGAAGCUUGAAAAUGCACUUGAAGUUAUAAGGACUUCUCCUACACAUGAAGAUCCCGUCCUUUGGCGAACACUACUAGGCUCUUGCAAGAUUCAUAAAAACGUGCAUAUAGGAGAAAUUGCUAUGAGGAAUCUGGUCCAGCUUGGUGCAUCAAAUGCAGGGGACUGCAUAUUGCUUGCUACCAUCUAUAUUGGAGUAAACAAUGCAGAUGGUGUUGCAAGGAUGAGAAAAAUGAUCAAAAGUCGGGGAAUAAAGACGACCCCUGGUUGGAGCUGGAUUGAAGUUGGUGAUCAAGUUCAUAAAUUUGUUGUGAAUGACAAGUCACAUCCUGAUACAGAUGAAGUUCAUCAUAAACUGAGAGAAAUAAUUCAUGGGGCUACUCUACUUGGUUAUGUGGAAGAAGAAUCACCACUCAUUACAGUGCCUGGAUUUAACAACGAAGAAGGUUGUUUGGGAACUAGUUCAUGUCACAGUGAGAAGCUGGCUAUUGCUUUUGGGAUUGCAAGAACUACAGAAGGAACAUGUUUAAGAAUAGUGAAAAACCUGAGAGUUUGUAGGGAUUGCCAUUCGUUCACUAAAUUUGUUUCAAAAGCAUUCAGCCGCGAAAUUAUUGUAAGAGACCGAGUUCGGUUCCAUCACUUCAAGGAAGGUUCAUGUUCCUGUAAAGACUAUUGGUGACUGAUAACAGUUGAAUGGCAAAUAUUCAGAAACAUCAGCUAUUGGUUUUUCAAUGAACACUUAAUUAUUGACAUGCUGAUGCCAUUGCUUCUUGACAUGUUGAAUGGUGGGCUCAAAAGGCCUGAAAGCUUAAAUUAGAUGCCAGUGCUGAAUUGGGCCUCAGCUUCUCCUGUUGUCCCAUUAUGUAUUCACUUAAGCCCAAAUGAGAGGCCUCCUAAAUGUCAACACUUAAUUAUUGACAUGCUGAUGCCAUUGCUUCUUGACAUGUUGAAUGGUGGGCUCAAAAGGCCUGAAAGCUUAAAUUAGAUGCCAGUGCUGAAUUGGGCCUCAGCUUCUCCUGUUGUCCCAUUAUGUAUUCACUUAAGCCCAAAUGAGAGGCCUCCUAAAUGUCAACAAGGUUACUACUUAGAAGUUGGUUCUUUUUUACAGACCAAUUUUUAUUUAUUUAUUUUUGUUAUUAUUUUUUUACAUAGGCAAAUAUUUGUUUGGUUUAAUACCCAAUAAUUUCAAAUUGUUGGGACUCAUAUUACCGAAUAAAUUAAGAAUGAUUGAUUA